AUGGCGUCCAAUACGGAGGGUCCUAAAGACCACUGGUCGGCCGAAGCAUACUCUGCCUCUGCAUCCUUCGUGCACUCCGCGAAAAUCACCGGAAAACUCCUCACCUCUCUAGACCCCAAGCCAACAGACAAGGUGCUUGAUGUCGGUUGCGGCGAUGGAAAAUUCACUGCAAACUUCCUCCCCGCCAUAGAAUCCGUCUUGGGCAUUGACUCAUCUGCGUCUAUGAUCGAGUCUGCCAACAAAGACUACGCAAGCCCCAAGGCCAGCUUCCGCGUUGUGGAUUGCCGGUACCUGGAGAAAGAAGCCUCCAUUGUCAAUGGAUCAUGGGAUAAAGUGAUCUCCAACGCAGCCCUCCACUGGAUCUUACGUGAUGAGUCGACGCGCAUGUCAACUCUCCGCGCAAUCUAUGGCUGUCUGAAGCCUGGCGGCACAUAUGUAUUCGAAAUGGGCGGACAUGGCAAUGUGGCCGAGGUUAAGACGGCCCUUGUCUGCGCACUGGUGCAGCAGGGUAUCCCUGUCAAACAAGCAAAUGAGACAAGCCCUUGGUUCUUCCCAUCUGAUACCUGGAUGAGAAAUGCUCUUGAAGAGAUCGGUUUCAAGGUCGAGAACGUCGAGCUAGAGUACCGCCCAACAAAACUCACCACUGACGCCAAGGGCGGUCUGGAGGGAUGGGUUAGACUGAUGGGAGCCCAGUUCUUGGACGUGCUCCCCGAGGAAAAGCAGGAUGCUGCAGUGCGCCAGGUUUGCGAUGUGCUCCAGGACGUGAUAACUCGUGGUGAAGAUGGGAGCCAAUGGCUGGGAUAUGUGCGACUCAGGGGUAUUGCGAAAAAGAUCUAA